AUGAGUCAACUGCCCACCAACGUCAAGGUUCGAUCUACCUGCAAUGCAUGCCAGCAGGCCAAGAUCCGCUGCGGCCACGAGAGGCCAGCUUGUCGCCGGUGCGAGAAACACAGAAUCGAAUGCGUGUACAGUGUUUCACGUCGUCUGGGCCGACCUGCCAAGAACAAGUCACCCAGAGCAGAACACGGUACAUCCGGGCACUGCAGUGCCUCUGAAUCGGUCGACAGCGCACGGUCAGCCAGCGAGAAGCCUAGGGAGUCCAAAAAUUGCAAACGACAGACGGAUCAAGUUCGCGAAAAGCAAUCGAAAGGGAAACGAAAGCCCCGAGAGAAGCAACAAGCUGGUAAAGAGCUCAUGCAAAACGGGCAGGUGUCUUUCUUCGUCCAAUGUCAGAAAGAUCUCUUGGGAUUGAAAUCUGAACAAUCCGACGCGAAGCCCAGCCAAGGCAGGCUCUCGACGGAUUCCAGAGAUCCUUGGGAUUUCCCGGGAGCACAGAUUACUCUUAACAAGCCUGCGAUAAACUUGCCAGAUGCGUAUGCGUCAAACAUUGUUGGGACUAUGUUUCAUCCUCAAAGUGGAAGAGCUUCAACUUGUUCCAUGGAGAGCAUCUCAAUGUCCAUGUAUUCUUCAAGCUUGGACGCAGAUCUCUGCGUCACACCUCAGCUCCUGGCAUACGAUGUCCUGUACCGAGUGCAAAAUGCCGAGCGAAUGCAUACCCCUUGGAUCCCAGGUUCCAAACUAGAUGACAACUUGCCGGGUCCUGGCAUGGAGUUAUGGACUUCCAACGUGGAUCAGUCAUCGCCCUAUCUCCCUCAUGUCCCAGAGCAACCAUUUCAAGGGCUUCUCAGCCCUAGUGCGAGUGAUGCGUGUGCAAGUCAGUCGCCCGGAAAGAUUCUUUCGAAUAGCCAGGGAAAAGACUCCUUCUUGGAGUGUGAUUGUGCCCACCGUGUGCUUGGUCUACUGGUGGAUUCAAUCAUUCACUCGAGGGUUGAGACCAAAAUCAAGGUGCAUGCCCAGAUUACACGACGGCAAGAAGUCCUAAAUCUGGCUGAUACUCUUCUACGCUGUCCUUGCUGUCCGAGUAAGGACAGCUGGGCGAAUUUGCUGAUGACCGUCAUGAUCACGAUCGAUAACCUGAUCGACGCAGUAGCAGUAAAUCCAGAAGCAAGAGCGACUGGAGUCGGAUCCGACGGAAGUUUUAUCGAUCGAGGCGACGGACUGGUAUCAUCAAUCACAUCGCAGAGCAACGGAUCUGCUGCAGGUGAAGUGAAGUUUUAUGAUUCUCCCUGUCAACCCGCAGGUCUGGGUACCAUGUCACCCGAAGAGGAUCUUGGGUGGGUUCAGCAUGUACUGAAGGAUCAAUUCUCGAUGUUACUCAUCACGGCUCGCAGGAUUUGCGUAUGUCUGCAGCAGAAUAUGACUGCGCAGUUGGCAGAUGGUUGGGAACUCAUGAUUACGGACAUUGACCGGCGAUUGCAGUCUGUCGUCAUCGAUCACCAGUUGUAG